AUGGCAUCAACACAACAACAACGCAUUAUUCUUGUUACGGGUGCUAAUCGAGGUCUUGGUUUCGAAGUUGUAAAGAAACUUGUCAACCAAUCGACUUCAAACAAGGAUUUAAUCUUACUUGGCACUCGUGAUCUGAAACGUGGUCAAGAUGCGAUCAAUCAAUUGGGUUCACCGUCCAAUGUGCACGCAUUUCAAUUGGACACAUCAUCAUCCGAUAGUAUUGCACAGGCAGCAAAUGUGAUCAAGCAGAAAUAUGGAGGAAAACUAGAUAUUCUCAUUAACAAUGCUGGUAUCGUAUCGAUGGAACAGACACUUGAUGCUGCUCGUGAAGUUUUUGCUACUAAUUAUUAUGGAGUAAAAUUAAUUAAUCAACAGUUAUCUCCAUUGAUUAGAGAAAAUGGUCGUAUAGUUAAUGUGGCAAGUGAAGUAGGUGCUUGGACAUUGUAUGAUGCAUCAGUCGAUCUUCAAAAUAAAUAUACAUCGUCAUCGCUGACCGAAGAGCAACUUGAUGCACUUGUCAAAGAUUUCUUUUCUGCUGUUGAAACGAACCGUCUGGAAGAGAUCGGUUAUCGUAGUAAAUUACCUUUUCAAGCAUAUGGCGUGUCAAAAGCAGCACUCAUCGCUCUAACAAGAAUAGAAGCUCGUUCAUGGUCAGGUGCAAAAGGUGUCUUAGUGGUUGCAGUAUGUCCAGGUUAUUGUGNACUUGAUGCACUUGUCAAAGAUUUCUUUUCUGCUGUUGAAACGAACCGUCUGGAAGAGAUCGGUUAUCGUAGUAAAUUACCUUUUCAAGCAUAUGGCGUGUCAAAAGCAGCACUCAUCGCUCUAACAAGAAUAGAAGCUCGUUCAUGGUCAGGUGCAAAAGGUGUCUUAGUGGUUGCAGUAUGUCCAGGUUAUUGUGAUACUGAUAUGAAUAAAGGUAGACAAGGAGCACGUCCAGCUGCUAUCGGUGCCGACUCUAUUCUCCAUGCAGCUUUGAGUCCUGCGAACGAAUUAGAGAAUGGGGCAUUCUAUCAAGAUGGAAAGAAGCAAGCACAAGUUUUUCCAUGUCCAAUGGAUCUCAGCAAAAUGUCUCAACAGUAG